UUCUCUCUCUCUCCCUCUCUUUUGAACUUGGUUCAGUGUGGUUUAUCCUUCUUCUUCUUCUUCUUCUUCAUCUUUAUAUCUUGUUGCUUCAUUCUUGUUAUUGUAAUUAAUUCUAUGUCGUCAAAUGAAAAGAAAGAUCUACAUCAUUAUGAUCCUUUCCAAGGAUUCAACCGAUCGACCUUUCCAUUCUUUGACGACAAUCCUUCUAUGUACAACCAAGCUGCUGCAGCUCUAACAGCUCCAACCCAAAAUUUUCAGGGCUUUGAUCCUUCUUACAUGAGCUUCACUGACUGCUUACAUGGCUCCGUCGACUAUAACUCCUUUUCAAGAGCCUUUGACAUAUCUUGUUCUUCAUCUGAUGUUGUCAGUCCGAUCGACGACAGUAACUGCAAGAAAAUUGGCACUGCAGAUAAUUCAGUAGGGAAUAUUACUGAAAACCCAUCCACACCAAAUUCCUCAGUGUCUUAUUCUUCUAACGAGGGAGCAGCUGAUGAAGAUUCAAGCAAGAGCAAGAAAGAUAAGCAGCCAAAAGGGGCUGAAGAUGGAGAUGACAAGUCAAAGAAAGUGAACAAACCAAAAAAGGAGAAACGGCAACGAGAGCCAAGGUUUGCCUUCCUCACCAAGAGUGAGAUUGAUCAUCUUGAAGAUGGAUACAGAUGGAGGAAGUACGGGCAAAAAGCUGUCAAGAAUAGCCCUUAUCCAAGAAGUUAUUACAGGUGCACCAGCCAAAAAUGUACUGUUAAGAAGCGUGUUGAAAGAUCAUUUCAAGACCCAUCAGUCGUGAUCACAACAUAUGAAGGACAGCAUAACCAUCACAUCCCAGCAACGCUCCGAGGCAAUGCAGCUGGGGUGCUUUCACCUUCAAUUCUGGCAUCAUCAGCAUCAAUGGGUCCCAGCUUUCCUCAUGAGUUCCUAAGUCAUUUGCUUCCAUCAACAAGCAAUCCAGGAGGAGACACUAACUCUUUGCACUAUCAAGGCCUUGCUCCUCACCAGCAGCAGCUUCAAGUUCCUGAUUAUGGCUUGUUACAAGAUUUAGUUUCUUCCUUCACCCGGCAGGCGCCAUGAGCUCUUUUCCCCCGUCCUUUCAUAUAUAUAUAUAUAUAUAUAGAUAAAUGAACUAAUUCAAGUAUGGCUCACUUAGAGCAUUGAUGAAUAUCUCUGACUAGCUGGAGUUUGAGCAUUUUCUUUUUUCAUCUUGCAAAUUUCUCUGCUCUCUCCUUUCGUCAAAAGGCUGAAUGAUGGCUAUUCUCUUCAAGAAAUAUCAAUCUGUUGUGAUAUAUGUGGCCCCCAAAUAUGGGAAAUGCAAAGCUCUAAUGGAGGAGAUGGGAUUGGUCCAAGUAUGAAGUUUGGGACUCCAUUUUGUCUAUGCUUUUUUUGUUAUAUAUGCAAUUGCAAUUAUUGUGAUAGUUGUCGCUUACUCAUGUGCCUAGAGAUGAAGUCGAAACAUUGGAAAUUCUUGAGAAGAUUGAUUGUUCUUUGUUCUCUUUUGUGCUAUAAAUUUCAUAUUAUC